UUCAGUUGCUAACGAAAAAAUGGAAGCGAUUCUUAUGCCGACGGACAAUUGUCCCAACAUGGAGGAAAUGCAACUGCAUACAUCCAUUAAAAAACCGGUAAAUUGCUACUCCAGUGGAAAAGGGGAUACCUUUGUGAGCCUCCUGGAGGCAACUCCGUACGAAUCCUAUAAAGAGGAUCUGGACAGGGCCAAUAUCCUGCUGGCGGCCUGUUUAGCUAACAUGGCCUACAAAGAGCACGGCAAACUGCGCAGAGCCCUACAGACCAAGCUUGUAGAUAUUAUCAAGGCACUGGAGGGCUACAAGGGAUCUGGGGAACUUCACCUCCGGUUAAUCAAGGGAUUCACCCUGAUGCUAUCACCCAGCACGGCCCAAAAAGCAGAUACGUUUUUUGUCAGCAUUCUCAAACAGAAGUCGAACCAUAUUUUAGCCCUGAUUGGCCGUGGGUGCUUGGCAUUCGAUCGCCAGGACUACAUAGGAUCCCUGGGCUACUUUAAGAGCGUCCUGAUGGCAGAUCCUCGAGGUCCCGCGGAUGUUCGCGUAGGGAUAGCCCACUGUUUUUGGAGAAUGGGUGAUCUGAACCGAGCCCGACAACUCUUCGAGAUGGCUUUAGAGCAGAAUAGCCGUUGUAUCAAUGCCCUAAUUGGAAUGGCCAUUCUAAAACUUAACCAAGGCGACAAGCGUCCCUACAAUGAGGGUUUAAGUCUCCUCGAAAAGGCCUUCCAAAUUGAUAAGCAGCAUUCAAGUACUCUAAGUAACCUUGCUACUCAUUACUAUUCCAUUGGCGAUCACCUAAUGGUGCUGAGGCUGGCUGGAAAUGCGAUUAGGUUCACGGAUGUCCCGGAGCUGAAAUCUCAACUUUGUUACCAGGUGGCCAGGAGUCAUCACGCCAGUGGGGAAUUCGAAUUCGCCAUGAAAUACUAUCGGGAUGCCGUGGAAUUUGCACCUGAAGGCUUUGUGCUUCCCUUUAUGGGACUCGCCCAACUUUACCUGAGGGACGGCAAAUUCGACAAAGCCAAGAUCUGCCUGAGAUACUUCCUCAAGUUUCUACCGAACGAGUCCAACGCAAUGCGGCUAUUGGACAGAAUUAAUCUCAACAAAAGGUCCAACGAGUCAUGGAAAAAUCUACCCAAGAAGAGUACCGCCAAAAACUCCACAAAGAGAGGUGCUUCCAAAGAAUCGGAUAAAGGUUUGGCUAAGAAACCAAAGUCAUAACAAAUCUACAAGUUCUAAUGAUGACGUUGAUUUGGGAGAAGGCGAAAUAACA